AUGCCUGUUCCGCUGAUCCAAAAAGCCAUCCUGGAUGGCCUGGACACGGUGCCCAACUCGGCCGUGCUGUUCAAGCUUCUGGGUGUCGGACUGGUGCUGUACCUGAUCAGAAGAUGGUUCCAAGGAGCAACAAACACGUCCGAGAGAACCAUGCACGGCAAGGUCGUCAUGAUCACAGGCGGCACCUCUGGUAUAGGAGCUGAAGUCGCCCGCGACCUGGCUACCCGAGGCGCCCAGCUGGUCCUGCUGACCCAACACGCUCUGGACGACUUUUUCCUCGUCGAGUACAUUGAAGAGCUUCGCGAUCGCUCAAACAACGAACUCAUCACCGCUGCCCAAGUCGAUCUCACCUCGCUGCACUCUAUCCGCCAGUUCGCUACCAAAUGGGUCGACAAUGCCCCUCCGAGACGACUCGACAUGAUCGUCCUCUGCGCAAACACCCUGACCCCCAAGGGUGCAAAGAUUCAAAAGACCAACGACGACGUCGAGAUCAACUGGGGCCUGAACUACCUCGCAAACUUCCAUCUCCUCAGCAUCUUGUCGCCAGCCAUCCGCGCCCAACCCCCAGACCGCGAUGUCCGCAUCAUCAUGGCAACCUGCAGUGCCUACAUCGGCGGCACCCUCCCAGUCACUGGCGUCAAAGAAGCAAAGAUCAGACAAAAGGAGAGGGCCGACAAAUUCAACCCUUAUUCGGCCUACGCAUCCUCCAAACUCGCCCUCAUGGCUUUUGCCCAGUCCUUCCAGAAACAUCUGUCUGCCUACGCUCGUCCUGACAAGAACCCCAUGAAUGCAAGAGUCAUCCUGGUCGAUCCUGGGCAAACUCGCACUCCUGGAAUGCGCCGCUACCUCACAUGGGGGUCCAUCACUGGUCUCGUUCUCUACCUCUUGACUUAUCCCAUCUGGUACAUCAUCCUCAAGUCUCCUGCACAAGGCGCCCAGUCUUUCCUUUACGCCGCCAUGGAAGCCCAAUGGGGAAGAGGAAACGGCGGCUGGUUGAUCAAAGAAUGCAGAGAGAUUUCACCAGCAAGAAGAGACAUGCUGGAUGAAGAGCUGCAGAAACAGCUUUGGGAGUACUCGGAAAACAUGAUUCAAGAAGCUGAAAAGAGAGGUGCAAAGAAAAGGGCUGAAGCAAAGGCUGCAGAGAAGGUCAAGCCUGCCGAGCCCAAGAAGCCUGAUGAGAAGAAGCCAGGCAGCAGGAGGACAAAGAAGGCUUGA